CCCCGCACAUCUGGAUUCCAGUCCCUCCAUUUAUUUAUGCGGUUUCUGUUGUUUUUGUGGAACUUUAAAAGCCCACCACCUUUUCACAUCAGCAGUUUGGCCGGAUCCGAUGAGGUCUACAAUUACACCCCACCGUUACUGGUCACUGUGCAAUUACACGCCUGACCACACAGUCUAAAGAAGAGAGACGUUUUCAGCCUUGCCUCUCAAACGGCGACAGAAAUAGAAUAGUUUUCAUGUCUGUCUGGCCUGGAGCCCAGCUGGAGCUGCCUGAUCGGCACGCCGACGUGGGCUUUACUCCAGAGCAAAUCUUAAGGUCAUUUUAGUCUGCAGCACCAGUGUGUGUGUUUCACACACUCUCUGGGCUUUGAGCAGGGCUGGUCUUUAAAGAGGGAGGAUGAAAACCUGUGGAGUGUAGCUCUUCAGUCGGUGCUGCGGCCUGCUGUUGUUGCUAUGAGGCUUUGGGGAGCAGGAUGGCAUCUCCACAGAUCUCCAGGAGCAGCAGUUCAUCUUUAUCUACAAGCAAGAGGAUGCAUGCCAUUCAGGUGGACUCGGUGCAGCGCUGGAUGGAAGAUUUGCGUCACAUGACGGAGGUGGAGUGUAUGUGUGUUCUGCAGUCUAAGCCCAUCGCCGUGGACGAGGACUCUCUGGGUGAGCUCAUUGUCUCUGCUGUGGGUACGACUGGUGACCAUGUGACCAGGGACAACCUGCAGACGCUCCUGAAGAGGGCUCUAGUGGUCAGCACGGAGCUGGGGAAGAUGUUCCAGAGGCUGGAGCGGGGCCGCUGGCAGCGCGUUCACAGCACCGCAGUCAGGGCCAACUGCCACGUCCGCUCACUGGUGCACGAGUACAGCACUGCCCGGGCCACGCCCGCUCACAUGCAGAAGUAUGAAACAGCGCUGCUGGAAAAGUGUAUGGAGCUUACUGUUAUCACUGAGAGGUGCCUUCACACUGAUGACGAGUAUUUCCUGAAGUCCAUGAAAGAGGCCAUUCAUGAGAUCCUCACAGACGUCAGUGAUUCCUUCAGCCAAAUGAUUGACAUGGCCCUAGCCAAUGAAAUACAGAUCCUGAUUAAACAGGUCGAGGAAUCAGAUGAUGUGUUUAUUAUUGAGAACGCCAUCAGCAACCUGCUGUCUCUUACUCAGGAUGGACCACAGCUCUGCAGCAUCAUUGCCAAGGAAGGUGCGGUGGUGGCCCUGCUGAAGAUAUGCAGACAGGACUGCUUCAACAGUCUUUACGCUCAUGCUCUGAGGACAGUGGCCUCCAUCUGCUGUGUGGAGGAAGGAAUCAACCAACUGGAAAAGGUGGAUGGUGUCCUGUGUCUUGCUGAUAUCCUGACUGAUGAGGGGUGUGCAGAAGCAGCUCGAGCUGAGGCAGCGGCGGUCGUGGCUCAGAUUACCUCUCCUCAACACACGUCCACUCAGCACCUGGCCAGCUUCCUGGAGAGCAUGCAGGACAUCGUCACUGCCCUCAUCAAGCUGUGUGAGAGUGCCUCGUGUGGUGAGGUGUUUCUCUUGGCCUCAGCUGCUCUGGCUAACAUCACCUUCUUCGACAGUAUGGCAUGCGAGAUCCUUCUGCAGCUCAAUGCUGUUCACAUCCUUCUCCAGGCCUGCAGGGAUCGCCAGCGAAUUGACACACCAUACUCUAAAGACCAGGUUGUAACAAUUCUGGCAAAUCUCUCUGUUUUGGAGCAGUCUGCCUCUGAAGUGUUACAGGAGAAUGGAAUUGAGCGAUUGUUGCUGUUAUUGGGUGAGAAACCUUCUUCAUCCAAUCCAUCAGAAGGAGCUGCCUGUGAACGGGUUCAACAGAAGGCUGCGGUCACACUGGCCCGUCUCAGCAGGGACCCGGAUGUUGCACAGGCAGCCAUAGAGCUUCAGGCUGUGCCACGUCUCAUCGAGCUUUGCCACUCACCGGCCGAGAGGAACAGCAGCGACUCUGUGCUGGUAGCCUGCCUGGCUGCCCUGAGGCGACUGGCUGCCGGCUGUCCGGACAGUAUUGCUCCUUCAGAUCAUCAGCAGCUGAUCAAGCCAAGGCUGGUCGACUCCUUCCUGCUGUGCUCAAACAUGGAGGAGAGCUUCGUCUGAUUGAUUCUUACAGAUCUGAUCAUCAGCAUGAACACUACCAGUGCAACUGGAAUAUGACUGUCCUGUCCAUCAGACACACACACCACAGACACGUCAUGUUUAUAAACACAUUUAUAGUAAUGUUAAUGAAUGCACAUUAAUUUUAGUAAUUGCAGAUAUUUGUAUACUAAAAAUAAACACAGUGUAAAUGAAGCUCCUGGUAUUGUGUUGAUACUGUUAUGGUGAUUUUAUUUAAAGAAAAUGAUUAUAUGGCAAUAAACUGGAGCUGCUGCUUUGAAA